AUGUGGUCAGUUGAUGAAAUCGCUGAGCUGUGCUACCUGCAUUAUAGGACUAGACUCCCUAAGCAGGGGAAACCUGAUCCAAACAGGGAAUGGACUUCACUGUCAGCCAUUGUCAAAGUGGAGUCUGCAUCCCAAAGAGAGGGUCUUGGUAGCCUAGGGAACUUGCAGGUAACCAAGGAAGUUGUUGCUAUGGGAACUGGAACAAAAUGUAUUGGCCAAAACAAAAUGAGAAAGACUGGAGACAUUUUGAAUGACAGUCAUGCUGAAAUUGUGGCCAAGAGGAGCUUCCAGAGGUAUCUUCUCCAUCAGAUGUCGCUGGCAGCUUCCCAGCAGCAAUGUAGUAUCUUUACUCCAGGAACUGAAACUGGGAAAUGGAAACUCAAACCAAAUAUCACAUUUGUUUUCUUCUCCAGUCAUACCCCAUGUGGAGAUGCUUCUAUUAUUCCGAUCAGUGAACCAGAGAACCAGCUUUCUGAGACAGUGGCUGGAGGUGAUGCUGCUGGGCAGUCAACAGAGUGUAGAAGUAAUGAUGAUCAGUUGUGUCCAGAAGAUAAAAGGAAAUCAGAGACAAUGGCAAGUAAUCAUAGAAUCAAGAGGAUGAAAACUGGCAAUGAUGGUUGUUUUUCCAUAACCACUGAAGACCUCUCUGUUCAGCACGAAUCUGUGAAACGAGAAGACUACACAAAUCCAAAGAGCUUUGCAUGUUCUGCAGAGAUGCAGACAGCUAAUAAGGAGACUGGCUUAGUGACACCAAAGGUAGUAGAUGUUCACAGAACUGGAGCAAAAUGUGUACCUGGAGAGCUGGAUGAUGCCCGAACACCUGGGCUGGAGUACCACCGUGUGGGGUUAUUACGGGUGAAGCCAGGUCGUGGAGACAGGACGUGCUCUAUGUCCUGCAGUGAUAAACUGGCUCGCUGGAAUGUGUUAGGGUGUCAGGGAGCUCUUCUGAUGCAUUUCCUGCAGUAUCCAGUGUAUCUGUCAGCAGUUAUAGUGGGGAAGUGUCCAUAUAGCCAAGAAGCUAUGCGGAGAGCAGUUAUUGAAAGGUGUCAGCAUGUCUCAUCUUUACCAGAUGGUUUUCUUGUUCAGGAGGUUAAGCUGCUGCAAUCAGAUCUUCUAUUUGAACAUAGCCGUCAGGCAAUUCAGGAAGUUCAGACUAACAGCAAAACAAAACUUGUUCCUUGUGGUGCAGCAAUCAGUUGGAGUGCAGUCCCUGAGCAACCUCUGGAUGUCACCUCAGAUGGCUUCCGCCAGGGAACAACAAAGAAGAGGAUUGGGAGCCAUCAGAGCAGAUCCAAGAUCUGUAAAGUGGAGCUCUUCCAUACGUUCCAACAGCUGGUGUCAAGUAUUUCACAAGAGGAUCUUCCAGAUACUCUCCGGAUGAAGACUCUAAAAACCUACUGGGACUACAAGGAAGCUGCAUUAAAUUAUCAAGAAGCCUGGAAGGUGCUGCGUAGCCAAGCCCUGCUGGGUUGGGUUAAGAAUGCCAAGGAAUUCCAGCACUUCACGGGAGAAUCCAUGUGCCUAUUCAAAUCCAGCAAAUAG